AUGAUCGUCAUAAAUCAACAAAUCUGCCCACCACCAAGACCGCCUUGGGUCGUCAGUCCGUUGGUAAACCCCCUCGUGACCUUCGUCGCCGAGUUCCCAUAUGUCAAUCCUGAUAAGUACCCCGGCAAGAUGUACGGCGUGCUAAGUCAUUUCAAGUCUAUCGUCACGAUUAAUGCCCGACUACCGAGCAGAGACUAUGUACAGGCGAGCAUGGCUAUUACCGCAGGCGACCAUGAGGACGCUCAACGGGGGACGGGCGCUUAUCAGCUGCAGGGUAAGGUUUGGUUUCCUACUGACUGGCGGGAGAUAAGGACACAGCUCAACUGUCAGAGUAAUGCUGUUGGUUGUAAGGAUGUGGUGAACUCCUUUGUGGACGCACUUAUGCGUUUCCCCAGCUCAGUGCUAGGGCUACCGACCAUAGCGAACUACAGGAGCUUCAAUGCAAAAGAUGUCGUGGUGUCUCAGGUGAAUGCCACAAUACCUGGUGUAAACGGCCUUAAUACUGAUGAUGAAGGCUCAUCAUCUACCGGAGGAACAGGCGGGCAGGGUGGAGGAGUGGAUGUGGUGGAUGUGAAUGUUGGCAAAGGUGGCUCUUCCUCGCCAACCUCCAGCCCCUCGCCUGGGUCGUCCUCCGGGUCCUCGUCCGUAUCAUCCACUAUAGACAUGGGCACCCUGGGUGCAAACAACAAAGAUCCGCCAACCAUUCACGUGCAGGCAAGCAAGGGCGAUGUGUUGGGAGACACCGUUUACCAGUGGCCAGCCUCUGAAUCGUCACCCUUCGUGGAGCCGCCUGUUACCACAAGCGAUCCAAUCGACUCCGUGAAUGUGGCAACCAAGAAAUCAUAUAGCGUCUGCCGACUACCGCCAGGGGGCCUGGACUCCCUCGUAAUGGGUACAGAGCCUGGUGACCUGGAUGUUGUUGCGAGCGGCUUAGUGUGCUCAGCCGCCCCCUCCCUGGACUCCUCUCGGCCGAACCAGCCUGGAGAGGCCUUUCUCGUGGAGUACCGUGCAAUCAACAGCAGGAAAAUUGCCGCAAAACCGAAGCGGCUGGUAGUGGUGAUUACCGACCCCUGCAAAUCCUCCGGAGAAUUCUGGUGCUUUACGUUGAACCGCUGCUCUGUGGCGGGCCAGUGUGUUCCCAUCGACAUCAAUAUUUUGACAAAUAGGGGAGCAGCGGGCAGCAAAACUGGACAGGUGGACCCAUUAUCUAUUUUAAGCGGCUCAGACAGCGCUAGCACUAGCAACUCUACCAGAGGGUCCAGUUUAUCGGUUCCGAAAGACACCACUCCGCCGCGCAUUCAGUUGAAUGGCACUGGACGCACAGCACUGAAUCUGCAAGGCCAGGCGCUCAUGUUUGAUGAGGUACCCUACUUGAGCUCAUGGGCCCACCCAGGCGCCAUUGCAAUGGAUGUCAACGCCUAUGGCGCUUUCGUCGAUAUAACUUACAGACUUCAGGCCUUCGGUGUGGCGGCGGUCAACACUAGUAUUGCUACACCACCAGGGGCUCUGUACAGCUUUGCCGUACAAUACACAGUAACUGACGAAGCAGGCAAUGCAGCUAUUCCCGCUUUGCGCUUGCCUUACAUGGCCACAUUCCUGCUGCAGCCCACCGCCUGGGUGUCCCUUCAGUGUCCCUUCAGUGUCCCUUCAGUGUCCCUUCAGUGUCCCUUCAGUGUCCCUUCAGUGUCCCUUCAGUGUCCCUUCAGUGUCCCUUCAGUGUAA